GACGGAGGAGAGGCGGGGAUGGCGGCGGGGGUCCCUCGCGUGGCACUGUGGGCGCUGCUCGGCGUGUCUGUGGCCGCCCUGGCCGCCCUCCUGCUCCUCUGCCUGCCCCCGGCCACCCAGCUGCCCCGACCGCCCCCCACCAAGUACGGGAUCGUCCUGGAUGCGGGCUCCUCGCACACGGCUCUCUUCGUCUACCAAUGGCCGGCCGAUAAGGAGAAUGAGACUGGCAUCGUCACCCAGCACAGCAUGUGCGACGUGGAAGGUGGAGGCAUCUCCAGCUACGCCCAUGACCCCCCAGCGGCCGGUUCCAGCCUGAAGGCCUGCCUGGACCACGCCAAGGCCGCUGUCCCCGCUGAGAGGCACGCCGCCACCCCGCUCCACCUGGGUGCCACCGCCGGCAUGCGGCUGCUCAACCUGACGGACCCAGGGGCCACGCAGCACGUCCUGGAGGCGGUGUCGGCCACCCUGCGGGAGACCCCCUUUGACUUCCGCGGGGCCCGGAUCCUGAGCGGGGAGGAGGAGGGCCUCUUCGGCUGGGUCACCGCCAACUACCUCAUGGAGAACUUCGUCAAGUACAACUGGGUGGGCCGGUGGGUGCGGCCGAAGCGGGGCACGGCGGGGGCGCUGGACCUGGGGGGGGCCUCCACGCAGAUCACCUUUGAGAUGGCAGACCCGGGCGCUCCUGCGGUGACCCUCCACCUCUACGGCCAGCAAUUUCGCGUCUACACACACAGCUUCCUCUGCUUUGGCCGUGACCAGGUCCUCAAGAGGCUCCUCGCCCACCUCCUCAAGGCGUCCUCCUUCCGUCUGGUGCUGGCCAACCCCUGCUGGCCGAGGGGUUUCUCCCGCAGCUUCCCCAUGGAUUCGGUCUUCGGCUCCCCUUGCACCGCCCCCCUGCGCCCCCCCAACUACUUCCCCUCCGCCCUCGUCAACAUGAGCGGGUCAGGCAUCGCCGGGCAGUGUCGGGAACAGGCCACACGGCUCAUCGCCUCUGAGGAGGGCUUUGCAGGGAGUGGCCAGCCCAACGUCAGCGGGAGCUUCAUCGCCUUUUCGGCCUUUUUCUAUACAGUGGACUUCCUCCAGUUGGUGAGCAAGAGGCGCGUGGCCACCCCGGGCGAUCUGGAAGCCGCCACCGAGGAGAUCUGCAACAUGACCUGGGCCCAGCUCUUCCGGGCGGCCCCGCACAUGGAGCGCUUCCUGCCGGACUACUGCCCCAUGGCCAACUUCAUUUCCCUGCUCCUCACCCAAGGGUACGGUUUCAAUGAAUCCACGUUCCCGGACAUUGCCUUCCAGAAAAAGGCGGGGGAGACGUCCAUCGGCUGGGCCUUGGGCUUCAUGCUGAACCUGACCAACAUGAUCCCUGCGGAGCAGGCCGGCGCCUGGCGGGCCACUGCACUCGGGCCCUGGGUGGGCCUCCUCCUCCUCCUGGUGGCCAUCCUGGCCGUGGCCGCGGGCGCCUCCGCAUGCCUCCUGCGCAGCCGCACCACCCCCGGGGCCCUCUAGCACGCCCGCC